AUGGAGACAGGAGGAACAACUACAUACACUCGAACCUCAGAGGCGCACGCAUUAAUGGUGGAAGACUGGUUCUCUCUAAGGGGUGACUUACUAGAUAAGACACGUGGGAGCUUAAUGGUUGUGGCAACGGUGAUCGCCACCAUGAGCUUCCAAGUUGCAGUAAACCCACCAGGCGGUACGUGGUCGACAACCACCGUGCAGGAAGACGGGUGUCCGGUUGACUCGUGUAAAGUUGGGAGUUCAAUCAUUGCAUAUACUAAUCGGAACAUGUAUGUGGCGUUAAUCAUUAGCAGUACGGCAUCAUUCUCUUCGUCUCUCGGUGUAAUUCUUUUGCUGGUGAUGCGACCAAAGUAUAAUAAGAGCUAA